GUGCGAGGAAGUGUAGCAUGUGGGCGGCUCGCUGAUGACACCGAGUGAGCAUCGGGCGCGAAUAAUGAGAGGGCGUGGAGUGGGAGCUUAAAGGAGCGCCUCGAGAGCCCAUGAGCAGGAUGCACCCGGACCCGGACUAUUCGGACCUCGAGCACGACUCCUUGGACAUCGUCCAGGACUCGCUGGAGCCAUGCUACGCCUUCCCGAAGGACGACCUCCUGUACGACAGCCUGCAGCCCGUCCCGACGGGGCGCGGCCUCUUCGGCGGGCUGGACGCCGGGUUCCCGCUCGGCGCCAAGAUCCGCUUCAACCCGCUGUCGUUCCACAUGCCGGGCAUCGGCGACGACGACCAGGACUACGAGGAGAUGCUCCACGACCACAGGGCCUUCGACGCCGACCCGAGGGAGGCCGAGGGCGACGCCGACGCCGAGCAGAAGUACUCGUGCAGCAGCGAGUACAUCGUGGCCGGCGGCGAGUUCCAGACGCCGUCGCCGCCGCCCGCGCCGCCGCCGCCGCAGCUGGUGGACGUCCCGAUGCUGCGGAGGGCGCUGCGGGCGUCGCGGGACGACCUCCGCGAUGAGCGGCCGACGACGCCGGUCCUCAGCCUCCACGGGCGCGGCGGGAGGAAGGAGCGGGACGGCGAGGCGGUCAAGGACGAGCUCGCCGACAGCGACUUCGACAGCUUCGAGAGGAAGCGGUCCGAGACGGAGUCCGCCUCGACGGACAGCUUCUACGACACGCCGGAGGGGGACGUGUACGACCCGUCGCUGCCCUACAUCCCGCCCGCCCUCCAGCUCAAGACGGCGCUCAAGACCGGCUUCAAAGCCAGCCGCCUCAGCGUGAACUUCGAGGACGACAUCUACGACCCGUCGCUGCCGCCCAUCCCGCUGCUGGACGCCCCGCCCGCGCCCGCCCUCAAGUCCGCGCUCAAGGGCAGCGUGAGCUCCCGCCGCAGCGCCGGCAGCGACCUGAGCGAGAUCACCAGCGUGUCGCCCGCCCUCGACGACUGGCACGAGGCCCUGGGCGCCACCGCCAGGAUGGGCUGGGCCAUCCUCCUCUACCACGCCGUCAGGAACAACUUCAAGCCGCGCGCCUUCGCCCACUUGGCCUUCCAGGGCAGCCGGGAGUUCGUGCGCGCCAUCGCCGACUACAUGACGACGGGGUCCACGCUGCUCAACUUCAAGAAGGGAGACAUCAUCCGCAUCAUCACCACGGACCAGUUUGGGGAUAAUGGCUGGCUCCAGGGCACGUUGGACGGUCGCUCGGGGCUGUUCCCGAUGGAAUACGUGGUGCCCAUCGGCCGCUCGGAGGCCAGGAACGCCGCCAAGGAGAGGGUGAAUCACGUGAAGACGGAGGACAUCGACCCGGGUCUGAUCGAGAACGAGUCCGAGGUCCGCAGCGCCGUGAGCGGGACGACCUCGACGUGGACGCAACCGCCGCAGCACAUGAGCCACAACCACAACCUGAGCCACAACCACAACCACACCCUGAGCCACGACGACUCCGGCCACUCGUCGGGCGGCGAGGGCGGCGGUGGGGGCGGCGGGCGUUCGGGUAGCGGGGCGAGCGGGAGCGGCAGCCAGCCCGUGGUGCACGACGGCAAGCACUCGCUCCUGCAGUUCGCCCUCCAGCACUUCCGCAUGUCCAAGGAGCAGGGCAUCGUGCAGUCCGACGGCACGCUGCAGGCCAGCAACAACAAGAACAAGAAGAAGAAGACGAGCAAGGACCAGGUCGCGGAGUGGACGUGGAAGGAGCAGGUCGAGAUGGUGAAGUUCAGCCAGUCGCCCCUGACCGCGUCGCUCCUGCCCCUCGUGCCGGAGCUGGACAACUUGGCCAUCGAGACUUUUGUGGCCGUCAUGCGCUACAUGGGAGACUACCCCAUGGCCCCGCAGCAGACGGAGGUCCACUGCGUCUACACUAUCCUCAUGAACUGCCACAAGCACCAUGCGCUCCGGGACGAGGUCUACUGCCAGAUCAUGAAGCAGACCACCAACAACAAGUCCUCCAUCCCGGACUCCUGCCAGCGCGGGUGGAGGCUCUUCUCCAUCGUCGCCGCCUACUUCACCUGCUCCGAGAACCUCAAGCCUUACCUCUUCAAGUAUUUGGAAACCGCAGCUUAUGAUAAGAGGAGAGCUUAUCAUGGCACAUCGAUGGUUUGUCUGCAGAACCUCCGCAAGACCUUCAAGUACGGAGGUCGCAAGAAUGUGCCAAGCAUCGAGGAAAUCACAGCCAUCACCGCGGGAAGGAACUCCAAGAGGCAGAUCUACAGGCUUCCUGGAGGCACCGAGAGGGUCAUCAACACGAAGAGCACCUCGGUCGUCCAGGACAUCAUCGAGGAGAUGUGCAGCCUCAUAGGAGUACGAAAUCCCCACGAACAGGAAGAGUACAGUCUAUAUUGCAUCGUCGAGGGGGACACCUUCACGAUGCCACUGGCCAGAGAAGAGUAUAUUCUUGACGUCACGACAGAACUCCUCAAAAACCAACAAGUCUUCUAUCUGAUCUUCUGCCGGAGCGUGUGGUACUACCCUCUGCGCUCGGACAACGCCCUCUACUACGAGGUCGUGUUCAACCAGAUUGCCCCAGAUUACCUCGAGGGGCUGCUGCUCGUCACGCCCGGGGAACAGCUGCAGCAGGAUGUCAUUUACGACAUCGCCAAGGUCGCCGCCCUCCUCCACCGCGCCGCUGACCUCGAGGACGUCCCCACGAUGAAGGAGGUCAAGUACUUGCUCCCGAAGCCGGCGCUGACGGUGCGGGACGUGAAGCCUCCGCAGUGGGUCAACAUGGUGCAGUCUGCCUGGCCGGAGGUCUCGGCGCUCACCAGUCUGCAGGCCAAGGCGCAGGUUCCAGAAAUCCUUCAAUCGUGGCCGCUGUUCGGGUCGUCCUUCUUCGCGGUGAAGCGGGUGACGGAGCCCAAGGAGCGGUCGGACCACAUCCUCGCCCUCAACAAGAACGGGGUGCACUUCCUCGACCUCCUCACGCAUGAGACCCUCAUCAAGUACAGCCUGGCCGAGGUGAUGAGCACGCGCAAGGUGAAGAGCGAGGACGAGCUGUACCUGGACAUGAAGUGCGGCAACCUGAUGCAGCAGAGGAUCACCCGCAUCCAGACGGAGCAGGCGCACGAGAUCUCCCGCCUCAUCCGCCAGUACAUCACGAUCGAGCAGCGGACGACCGGGCACUCCCGAGGCGACAACCCCAAGGACGUGACGCUCUCCAGAUGAGUCCCGGGCGAGAGGGAGGAGGAGGAGGAGGAGGAGGAGGUCCCUGCUCCGGCGGAGGCGCGGGGGAGGUUGUUUUAGACCUGCGUCUCCCGAGAGGUGGAUGUUGGAGGAUUUCUUCAGGAGAAAAGAAGGGGUUUUGCGAAGACAUUUCGAUGGCGGCAAGGCUCUUGGUAGGGCUAACUGCCGGAGACACUGCUACAUAUAUAUAUAUAUAUAUAUAUAUAUAUAUAUAUAUAUAUAUAUAUAUAUAUAUAUAUAUAUAUAUAUAAUAUAUAUAUAUAAAGAUCAUAUCAUAUUUCCUAAGUGGACGAAAAAACUUUUUAUGUAAUUGCAAUAAUGAACCCUCAGUCUUACGCACCCAUGUACAGUUUUUCCCAAAAGAGGGAAAGGACGACAUGAAUGCUCAAGUACACGAUUUCCCAAUGCCAUGUAAGUAUUGAUAUAGGCGAGUGUGGGUGCUACAUUGGUGUGAGUGUCAUCACACCACAUGGUUGUAUCCCCCGUAAUGGCGAGGGUGACGCGUCCCAUUACAGGGGGGAGUCCAGAACCUAAACUCCAGUAUUUGACUUUUUAUCGUGGAUGAGAUUUGAUGAGAAGGUUUUUUUGUUGUGUAUUUUUUUGUACUGUGAAAUAGACUUUUUAAAAUGUGCUGACUGACCUUAUAUUGGUUUUAAAAAAGACGUUUUAUGCGAUGUUAUGUAAUUCUGAUCGUGUUUUUAUGAUUUGAGAUGGUUUAUAUCUAGUAUAUGGUAUAUCUGUGUGAGAAGAGAUGGUGCAUCGUGACUGAAGUGUGUGUCUAAGAGAAUGGAAAAAAAGUGUGAAGUGUGACUGAUAGAAAGUAAGUACUGAUGCCAUAUAGCCUGUAUGAUAUAAGAUUUUUUUUUACUCCGCAUCAAAUGAUUUUUUUCCUCCCUCCUGCAUCAAAAAAAUCCUGUCAUAUAUAUAUAUUUUCUAAAAGGAUGCGAGUUUUUUUUUUACGAUAGGUUAUUUAUGGAAUCUAAAAUUUACCUUUGACGGUAAUACUUUUUUCCAUCCUUAUCCAGGUUUUUGAGAAGUCUUUGAAUAUAUUUCGAAGACGGUGGCUCGUGUUUACAUAUACACGACCUUCUCGAUUGACGAUUUUCACAAAAUGACGAAAAUGAGACAGAGAAUUAUGCAGGAUUUGGAGAGAGAAAAUGUAUGUGUAUAUAAAAUAGAAGUCUGAUUAUUUAUUUAUAAGUUGACAAUGUGCAUGGCUAAGAUUAUAUGUAAAGACGCUGUCCAUUAUACAGAUUGAAAGAAUGUUAAAGAUUUUUAAGGGUUUAAAAAUGCAUUUAUGCAAUAUUUUUUCUGAGAAAUUUAGCAGCUGUCGUGCACUGCUCAAGUAUGUGAUUAAUGUAUAUGUCUGACUUUGUUAUAUUGUUACAACAAUUUACUAACUAUACUAUAUUUUAUUUUCAUAUGCUUACUCGGCACUUUGUCUGUAAAGCUUUCUUCUAACAAUAAAUUUGAAUAUUAUUUUGA